AGAGACGAACUGUAUUCCCACUGCGCCACAGUGGGAACUCCUGGAUCCUCUCUUAUCUGUAAACUGGGGGUGGUAAUAACUUUACCAGCUGCGGGAGCUGCCCUGAGGGCCUGGGUUCCUGUGAACUAGGCUGGGGUCAUUGUGAAGGUUACAGCAUAGUAACCUGGAGGAGGAGCUUAACUGUCCCUGUCCUUGGCCCUCUGUGGGGGUCACAGGAAGCUGUGGAACUCAGAUUCUUCAGUUAACUGUCACCCUCACCACACACACCAGGGUCUGCCAGGACAGGGCAGCCCCACAGAGCUGCCACAGGAACCCAAAGCCACCAGGUGCCACAUGAGUCUGCUUCUCUCUCUCUCUGUCCCCCAGGGGUCCAGCCCCUGGGUUCUUCCACACUGACCACACUCAGCUGCAGGAGCAUCUGGGCAGGGAACCUGCCUGGGCUGGUGGGGAGCUAGGGGGAGGACGUGAUGCACUGGGGCUGCUGCAUCUUAGAAAGGGGCUUCAGGUACCCCCCAUGUACCCCUUGCCACACCCCGUGGGGCUGGGGGGGCUUGCGGGAUACAUGGAUCAGGGGUGUAAAAUAUUGGAGUGCCUGGGAGCAGGGCUCAGGAGUCAGGGUUCAGACGCAAGAAUUUGGGUGGUCCCCCUCUAGAGCCCCAAUGACACCCUCCCUCCCCCCCGCCACAUGACAGGCACCUUUGUUCCUGGCCCCAUGGACCCCCUGCGGCGGUCCUCCUCCCCCUGCUUGCCACAGGCCUCCAGCCCCGAGACCCCACCUUGUGAGAUGCUUGGAUACGUGGGCAUCGAGGCUGUGCUGGACCAACUGAAGAUCAAGGCCAUGAAGAUGGGGUUUGAGUUCAACAUCAUGGUGGUAGGACAGAGCGGGCUGGGCAAGUCCACCAUGGUGAACACGCUCUUCAAGUCCAAGAUGUGGAAAUCCACCCUGCCAGGCCUGGGGGGGCCCAUGCCCCAGACGCUGCAGCUGCACUCGGUAACCCAUGUCAUCGAGGAGAACAGCGUGAAGCUGAAGCUGACGGUGACUGACACACCCGGCUUUGGGGACCAGAUCAACAAUGACAAGUGCUGGGACCCCAUCCUGGGCUACAUCAAUGAGCAGUACGAGCAGUACCUGCAGGAAGAGAUCCUCAUCACCCGCCAGCGACACAUCCCUGACACCCGGGUGCACUGCUGCGUGUACUUUGUGCCGCCCACCGGGCACUGCCUGCGGCCCCUGGACAUUGAGUUCCUACAGCGGCUCUGCCGGACUGUGAACGUGGUGCCAGUGAUCGCCCGGGCCGACAGCCUGACCAUUGAGGAGCGAGAGGCCUUCAGGCGCAGGAUCCAGCACAACCUGAAGACUCACGGCAUCGAGGUGUACCCGCAGAAGGGCUUCGACGAGGACAUCAACGAUAGGAUCCUCAACAGCAGGAUCCGGGACCGGAUCCCCUUUGCUGUGGUCGGGGCCGACCAAGAGCACAUGGUGAACGGGAGGUGUGUCCUGGGCCGGAAGACCAAGUGGGGCAUCAUUGAAGUGGAGAACAUGGCUCACUGUGAGUUCCCCCUCCUAAGAGACCUGCUCAUCCGCUCCCACCUCCAAGACCUGAAGGACAUUACCCACAAUGUCCACUACGAGAACUACCGCGUCAUCAGGCUGAACGAGAGCCACACGCUGCCCCGUGGGCCCGGCUGGGUGAACCUGGCCCCCGCCCCUGCCCCCACUCCCACCCCUGCCAGCCCCCGGACCAGCCCUGGGCUCACGAAGGUCUGCCGGUGGGCCCAGGACAACUCAGACGAGGACUCCUGAGCACGGGUGCAGCCCAGGGCCCGCGGGGCUCCCCGAGUCCUCGGCAGUCCCCCAACACACACCUGUGUCCCAGAGCAUGUAUUAAAAGUGGACAAUGCUUUUUAUGAAAA